AAUCAGAUCCUGGGUGGCAGCCUGCAGGACCUGCUGGCGCCUCCACAGCGGCUGAUCAAGGCCAAGUCUGAGAGCUCCGUGGCUUCGCUGUGCAGUGCUGCCACGGUCUUGUCCGCCAGCCACGACCAUGACGAGUUCUGCACAGACGACCUGGAAAGGAACCGGUCGAGGUCUUUGGAGCCGCUAAGUGGGCUGGCGAUGUGGAGCGACCACAUCGAGUACAUACAACUGCUGAAGGAAGACCGGGGGCUCGGCUUCUCUAUAUUGGACUACUUGGAUCCGUCCGAGCCUGGUAGUUCAGUGAUCGUGGUCCGGUCGGUGGUGGGCGGCGGCGCGGCGGCCAGCGACGGCCGCCUGCAGCCCGGCGACCGGCUCAUCUCCGUCAAUGGCCUGGACGUGUCGCGGAGCCCGCUCGCUGCAGCUGUGAGCGCUAUCAAGAGCGCGCCCAAAGGAAUUGUUACGAUAGGUAUCGCAAAACCUCUUCCCUGCAGUACCGUAGUGGGCGGAGAGAAAGCCAACGGACACAGUAUGCAGAGUAGUCAGAAACUGGAGUACUUCACGAAAAUCCUGCGCCUUAUCAUGUCUCUCCACCGCGACAUCUUGGAACUCCAGCUUCAGUGUUCCCAGGACUACGACCCUGCGCCUCCUUUGCCAUCCCCCUUUAGAGUCCCCCCUAAGAUUAAAGCAGAGAUCACCAUGAAAUGACAGGAGGAAAAACUGAGGUAUUCGGUCACAGUCGAAGUGCCGGAUGGCGCGCGGUCCGAUGACGGGCCGAAGUGCGAGGAAACGAAGAUUUGAAAUGGAACGCAAAUGGAACUGUUAC